AUGGGGGCGGGGCCAAGGAGGAGGCGGAGCUGGAGGACCAGCGAGAUCCUGGCGACAAACCUGGCCGUCUCUGACCUGCUGUUCCUGGGGGCUCUGCCACUGUGGAUCCACAGCGAAGCAAACGCAGGAGCGUGGGCUGGAGGAGAGACCACCUGCAAGCUGGCCCCCUAUGUAACGGCUUUGACCAUGCAUGUUGGAGUGUUACUGCUGACUGUUAUGAGCAUUGACAGGUACAUGGCGGUGGUGCGCCCUGGAGUGUAUCGGCGGGUGAGGAAGCAGUGCUGGGCGACGGGCAGCUGCGUGAUGUCAUGGCUUGGCUCCGCCCUGCUGGCCCUGCCGGUGCUGCGGGUGCGAGAGCUGCAGCGGGGCGGGGCUCCGCGCUGCGGGGAGAGCGAGGAGCCACCCUACCCCCCCGAGCUCGCCCUCACGCUGCACCUCCUCACCUUCUUCCUCCCGCUGCUCCUCAUCCUCUCCUGCUACUGUUCACUGGCGCGGGCGCUGCGCCGACACGUGCGGGGCGGGGCAGUGGGCUUGGCCUCCGGCAGCCCCGCCUCUCUGCACCGCGCCCUGCGCAUGGUGCUGCUGGUGGCCGGAGCCUUCCUGCUCUGCUGGCUGCCCUUCAACAGCUUCAAGCUGCUGGGACUGUUGGAGCGCUGCCUGGCCCCGCCCCCUCACUGCGGCCUGCUCUGCCUGGCCCCGCCCACUCGCUGCGCCCUGCGCCGCCUGGCCCGAACCGGCAUUGACUGGGCCGCCCCCCUGGGGUUCGCCCACAGCUGCCUGAACCCGCUGGCCUACGCUGCCGCCGACCGCUCGCUGCGGCGCCGCAUCCAGCAGGGGGCGCCCUGGCCCUGCUGCUGCAGGAAGGAUGGCCCCAUGGGCGGAGCCAGGGGAGGGGCCAGCUCUCUGACCACAAGCUGGGGGGAGGGGGGCGGAGAUAGGGAGAGCGCAGGGAGAGAUGGGAGACAGAGGUGAAGGAGGAGUGAAGAGAAGGAUGAAGAAAACAGGAAGGAUGGAAAUAAGAGGAGGAGGAAGGACAAUAGACAAAGGGGAGUGUAAGAAAGGGUACAGCCGCCAGUCAAAGCCACACCUGUGCAGAGUUCACCCCUCUCUGUCGGAGACGAGCAGCCGCCAGUCAAAGCCAUGCCUGUGCAGAGUUCACCCCUCUCUGUCGGAGACGAGCAGCCGCCAGUCAAAGCCAUGCCUGUGCAGAGUUCAGCUCUGUGUGUCUGUGUGGGCUCUGAACUCUGACUCGCUAAAGAAAUGCCAGUUCAGCAUCUCUCCAAAUGAACUGAAAUCAAAAACUGUUUCUCAAAGGGGAAAAAUCAUCACUUGUAUUUUUUUGUCAAAGUCAAGAGCAAAUGGUGAUUGAAUUCAGGUGUUCUUUUCACCCCCUCCUCCCAUCUCUCCGCUCCCUCGCUCUCUCACUCCUUCUCUAUCUCAGUUAAGUCAGUUUGCCAACCGGUCUCAUUUUAUUUUGUUGUUGGUAUCAGCAGAUAAUGCAGCUUUGAGACAUGAAGGGAAUUAAUAAUGUCCCAUAACACUGACAUUUUCAUAAAUAUUGAAACAAAUCUAUUGCAUUACAUUGGGCAUUCAUUUUUUAAACACAAAUGUCAGACAGAGACAUUAGUUCUACAUUCUCCAUUAGAUGAGUUCAGAGAGCUCUUGGUGUCUGGUCCAGUUGUUUGUUAUUUUAUGUGAUUAUAUUUUCUGUGAAUAUUUUGUGUGUUUCAUUCCUUUAUCUAAUGAAUACUGUUAAGACAGCUGAUUUUGUUUUUUUCUUUGUUUC